AUGGCAAAAGCCACAGAAAUGAAGAGCAAUGACAAAAAAGACAGUGGCCUGACCUGGUAUUUCAGACGGAGUGCAAGAUGGCUCAAAGAAUUCAAGAAAGGAUCCAAAAUGGAAGAGCUCUUGAAAACAGCUGAAAACUUGGCUUACUGCCUCAACUGCCAGAUUAGGGGGGCAGGGGAUGAGACCAGUCCUGGAUACUGCAUUCAACAUGAGGGCAAGCCAGGAUUUGGGGAUGGGACCGCCAGGGAAAGUAGCCCAUUUAUCAACAAUGCAGAGAUGGACAGAGGAAACAUGUAUGAAGGAAAGAAUAUGGCUCUCUUUGAGGAAGAAAUGGAUAGCAAUCCCAUGGUGUCGUCUCUUCUUAAUAAACUAGCAAACUACACUAAUCUGACUCAAGGUGUAGUAGAACAUGAAGCAGAUGAAGACAGCAAGCGAAAGGAAGUCAAGGUCCCACGUAUGGGCACUUUCAUUGGUGUGUAUUUGCCCUGCCUGCAAAACAUCUUAGGAGUCAUCCUUUUCUUACGUUUAACGUGGAUUGUGGGGACAGCUGGGGUUCUCGAGUCUUUCAUCAUUGUAUUCAUGUGUUGUGCUUGUACUAUGCUAACUGCAAUUUCAAUGAGUGCGAUAGCGACAAAUGGUGUAGUUCCAGCUGGAGGCUCUUACUACAUGAUUUCAAGAUCUUUAGGACCAGAGUUUGGUGGAGCAGUGGGACUUUGUUUCUACUUGGGUACAACCUUUGCAGGAGCAAUGUACAUUCUCGGUACCAUUGAAAUUCUGUUGACCUACAUUUCACCUAGUGCCGCUAUAUUUAAAGCGGAAGAGGUCGGUGAAGAAACAGAGCCUAUGCUGAACAACAUGAGAGUGUAUGGAACAUGCAUUAUUGUUCUGAUGGCAAUUGUAGUCUUUGUGGGAGUCAAGUAUGUCAACAAACUUGCACUGGUCUUCCUUGCCUGUGUGAUUCUUUCCAUCAUUGCCAUAUAUGCUGGAGUCAUUAAGACUGCUUUUGACCCACCUGACUUUCCUAUCUGUCUUCUUGGGAACCGUACGUUGUCAAAACGCAACUUUGAUGUCUGUGCCAAAUUUACUGAAAGCAAUAAUGAAACAAAGACUACAAUGCUGUGGCGUCUCUUCUGUGAUAGCUCAUCGCUCAAUGCCACGUGCGAUGACUACUUUACUCUCAAUAACGUAACAGAAAUUCAAGGGAUUCCGGGAAUAACGAGUGGAGUUCUCCUAGAUAACCUGUGGAGUACCUAUUCAGAAAAAGGAUCAAUAGUUGAGAAAAAAGGUCAGUCAUCAGUUGCUGGAUCAGAAGACACAAAAAUUGCUGGACGCCCGUAUGUUUUUACAGACAUCAUGACCUAUUUCACAAUGCUUGUGGGGAUUUAUUUCCCAUCUGUGACAGGUAUUAUGGCAGGCUCAAACAGGUCUGGAGAUCUUAAGGAUGCUCAGAAAUCUAUUCCUACUGGAACUAUUUUGGCUAUUUCAACUACAUCUUUUAUUUAUCUCUCCUGCAUAGUACUGUUUGGUGCCUGUAUAGAAGGUGUGAUAUUAAGAGAUAAGUUUGGAGAAGCAGUUAAUAGAAAUUUAGUGGUUGGUACACUGGCUUGGCCUUCUCCAUGGGUUAUUGUAAUUGGAUCAUUCUUCUCUACAUGUGGUGCUGGUCUUCAGAGCCUCACUGGUGCACCCCGGCUCUUGCAGGCCAUUGCAAGAGAUGGCAUCGUACCGUUUAUUCAAGUAUUUGGUCAUGGAAAAGCAAAUGGAGAACCAACUUGGGCUCUGCUCCUCACUGCUGGUAUCUGUGAAAUAGGAAUUCUGAUAGCCUCUUUGGACAGUGUAGCACCAAUUCUCUCAAUGUUUUUCCUCAUGUGCUAUAUGUUUGUAAAUCUGGCUUGUGCAGUUCAGACUCUCUUACGGACUCCGAACUGGAGACCUCGUUUCAAGUAUUACCAUUGGACUCUCUCAUUCCUGGGGAUGAGUUUAUGUCUUGCCUUGAUGUUCAUUUGCUCUUGGUACUAUGCUUUGAUUGCCAUGCUAAUCGCAGGAUGUAUUUACAAAUACAUAGAAUAUAGAGGAGCGGAAAAAGAAUGGGGUGAUGGGAUUCGAGGCCUGUCCUUGAAUGCAGCUCGCUAUGCUUUACUUCGUGUUGAAGAUGGUCCUCCUCACACCAAGAACUGGAGACCUCAAGUUUUGGUCUUGUUAAAUCUGGAUUCUGAACAGUUGGUGAAGCAUCCUAGAUUGCUUUCUUUCACCUCGCAGUUGAAGGCUGGUAAAGGGUUGACUAUUGUGGGAUCUGUGCUUCAGGGAAUCUACUUGGAUAAAUGUGCAGAAACCCAGAAAGCUGAAGAGAACGUUAAAACAUUGAUGGGAAUAGAAAAGACUAAAGGAUUUUGCCAGAUUGUGGUAUCUCCAAGUUUCAGAGAUGGAAUAUCCCAUUUGAUUCAAUCAGCUGGUCUAGGAGGAAUGAAGCACAAUACAGUCCUGAUGGCAUGGCCACAGUCAUGGAAGCAGACAGAAAACCAUUUCUCUUGGAAGAAUUUUGUUGACACUGUACGAGAAACAACAGCAGCUCAGCAAGCUCUGUUGGUUGCUAAAAACAUUGACUUGUUUCCAACAAAUCAAGAACGUUUUACUGAUGGAAACAUAGAUGUAUGGUGGAUUGUUCAUGAUGGUGGCAUGCUGAUGUUGUUGCCUUUUCUUCUUCGACAGCACAAGGUUUGGAGAAAAUGUAAAAUGCGUAUCUUCACUGUAGCUCAAAUGGAUGAUAAUAGCAUUCAAAUGAAGAAGGAUCUACAGAUGUUCUUGUAUCACCUGCGACUGAAUGCUGAAGUAGAAGUUGUUGAAAUGUUUGAAAAUGAUAUUUCUGCAUUCACGUAUGAAAAGACGCUUGUGAUGGAGCAGCGAUCUCAGAUGAUAACACAAUUAUCUGCUUUUUUUUCUGUAGACUGUUUUUUGUCAUUGGUAACCUUUUUAUCCCAGAUUCAGAGCAUCACUGAUGAGUCUCGAGGCUCAAUCAGAAGAAAAAGCUACUCUAGUCCACAGUCCAUUGGCCAGGAUAUACAGGCACUGCUGCCUAAUGACUAUGCAGAGGAGGAGGCUCAGUUAAUCCAUGACAGAAACACUGCGUCCCACUCAGCUCCAGCUGUCAAAGCAAGUGUGGCCGCUGCUGCGCCAGAAAAGGUGCAAAUGACUUGGACUAAAGAAAAGCUCGUAGCUGAAAAGCAUAAAAACAAAGAAACAAAUUUGUCUGGUUAUAAAGAUAUUUUCAACAUGAAGCCAGAAUGGGGAAAUCUGAAUCAGUCAAACGUGAGAAGAAUGCACACCGCUGUGAAGCUCAAUGGAGUCGUGCUUAAUAAAUCGCAGCAUGCCCAGCUAGUUCUCCUGAAUAUGCCUGGACCUCCUAAAAACAGGAAAGGGGAUGAAAACUACAUGGAGUUUUUGGAAGUUCUGACAGAGGGUCUGGACAGAGUUCUCCUUGUCCGAGGCAGUGGACGUGAAGUGAUCACCAUUUAUUCUUAACCUGUGUGUUCUUUUCUUUUCAGUUUUUUAACUGAAUGUGCAAAGUUAUUUGCCAUAAUUUGAGCAGCUUCACUAAGAGUUCCAGUACGUUGAAAAUGACCUGCAACCGGAAUCUUCUGAUGACAUGUUUUGUUUUUUCUAUUGAAAGUUAUAUUUAAAUUAUAUUUUUAGAAAGAUAGAUCUAUGUAGAAAAUAUUUCUGUAAUUAAUCAAUAAAUGCUGGAGGGAUCAGGAUAUUUAUAUGUAGCACACUAACAUUUGUUAAACUUGUAAAAUACAAAAAAUGGUAAUGCUAUGACAUUUUUAAACAAAUGUAAGCAACUUGUAUUAUGUAUUUCUUAAUCUUUGUUCUGCUCCAGAAUAAAAGGGAAAAGUUGUAAGGGUGGAAACAAGUUUCUCCUACAAGCAUGCUGCUAUGUUGCUUCUGUUGGGAUUUGUCCUGGUUCAAUAAAUUUCAUUCAGAAAUACA